AUGUCAUCAAGAAGAUCACAAAGUCCACGCAACUCGAUCUACUCAACCCAGUCAAAUCUGGACCUGAGCAUUGCCGAUCUUCUGUGUCAAAUAUCAGCUGCAAAUCCUGCAGAUGCUUUGCACAUCGAUAUAGCCGCCCCGACCCAAGAUCUCUCUUGGAGCUUAUCACCUGAUUCGAAUUGGCUUGACAUACCUCCUGAGACACCCUCCGUCGCAACGAACUCGCCCGAGAGUCUCUCCAAUACAUCACUCACUCUUUAUACACCAAGCUUGAUCCCAGAUAUGACAUCUCCCCAUGACAAGGCCCUCUUCAACCACUACUCGACCAUUGUCGCUUCCGUCCUAUCAAAGCGUCCAAACACCUCCUCGAAUCCUUAUCUCAGUUAUCUUGUACCAAUGGCCACCUCCAAUCAACUGAUUCUUCAUUGUGUUCUAGCCUUGAGUGCCACUCAUUGGCAAAAGCUUCAACCACGUAUGCAAGACCGGGCUUCAUUCCACAAAAGCCAAGCAACACAGUCACUAGCACGUCUACUUCCACAUGUGGAUGAGAACUUGGUCGAUAUUGCUCUAGUAUCAUGUCUGCUACUCUGUAUGUCGGAACUUUUCGAUGGGACGUCAGCAGGAUGGAAACUCCACCUCCAAGGCGCGAAGCGCCUUUUAUCAACGCUCAAGCUCCAGCCUGGUGGUAACCUGACAGGUCAUCUCAACUUCCUUGUCAGGCUGGCACGUUUCCUAGAUAGUGCAGCAACUACAAGCACUUGCAAACCCCCUUUGAUUGACGAUGCAACUGUCGCUAAGAGACCUGAGAUAACCGAGGAUGGUAGCAGUCAAGAUGCGUCAGUGUAUGGAAUACCAAAGGAACUAUUUCACAUGGUUGAUCGUGUCAAUAACUUGGCUAGCAAACGAGGAACGAGGGUCGACGAGCGUUCGGAGGCUCUAUUCCAUCAGGAAGCAGACAAAGUACAAGGUCAACUGGAUAACUGGGCCUAUGACUACGGAGGACUCGCCGGCGCUGUGGCCUCCCUUUCUCCAGAAAACGAAGACGUCCUCCACGCAACAAUCGCAUUUGAAUGGGCACUUCGACUCCGACUUCACCAAAUCACAGAAGGCUAUUCUCUUGGUGACAAGGUGUCCGAAUGCGUUGAACACAUUCUUGACGCGGCACAAAAGAUCCGCUAUGGAAGCCCGCUAGAAAGCUGCUUGUUGUUUCCGCUUGUUAUGGCUGGAGGUGCCUGUGAUACUCUUGGGCAGAGGAUGAUCGUCCAAGAUAGACUGAUGAUUAUGGAGCGGACUUGCGGCUUUGGGUACAUUCACCAAAGCAGAGAGCUUGUUGAAACGGUUUGGAAGAGGAGAGAAACCGAGGGGAUGGUUAAUUGGGCUCGGAUUCGGUAUGAAGAGAUGAGUGGCUUAGCCCUCUACUGA